CUAGUGAGGGUUUUUGACCUUUUCCGAGUUUGAGGCGCAGGAAACUCCGAAAACCCCUGCCAGGAUCCAAGGUGGCUCUUCCCUCCCUUCCUUCCUUCUGAAUCAAACUACUGCAAGUGAAGAUUUUGUUUCUUGUUGAAGUCGUUUUCUUUCUCCUUCUUGGAGAGAGAGAGAGAAACCGUCUUGUUUACGAUCAAUUUCAUUCCAUUGAAAUCGGAGGUAACCUUCUGUGGGAAAUCUCUUUUGCAACCCAAGACCCUAGUUUUGAUGGCUAAUAACACCAGUGAAUCUGAUCGAAAAACCAGGUUAUACCAUCCUUACCAGGACCUCCAUAUCCCUGUUCAAAACCUUUAUAACCUCCCCACAUCCCCUGAGUAUCUUUUCGAUGAAGAAGCUGCCGUUCAACGCCGCUCGUGGGGUGAGAAUCUACAAUAUUACACGGGUUCUGGUUACCUAGCGGGUGCCAUCGUUGGGGCAUCCAAAGGGUCUAUUGAGGGGAUCAAAACUGCUGAGCCUGGUGAUACCCUGAAGCUAAGGAUCAAUAGGGUUUUGAAUUCAGGUGGGCAGACUGGAAGAAGGUUUGGGAAUUCAUUGGGUGUUGUGGGUUUGAUCUUUGCUGGGUUGGAAAGCGGUCUUAUUCAUUUGAGGGACACCGAUGAUGUGAUGAACAGUGUUUUAGCUGGUUUGGGUGCUGGUGCUCUCUACAAGGCGGCUUCUGGGCCACGGUCUGCUGCUGUUGCUGGGGCAGUUGGAGGUUUGGCUGCAGGAAUUGCGGUUGCAGGCAAGCAGGUGUUCAAAAGAUACGUUCCUAUUUAGGCAAUAUUUUUUGUGGCUUUGGGCCCUUGAUGAAUUUGAUGGGAUCAAUCCGUCGACUUGUCUUUUAUUCUUCCUAUUUGAAGGCAAUUUUGAGUGAGUCAAUGAUAUAAUUUUUUUUUUUAAUUUAGGGCUCUUAAUUCACUCUCUAUAUUCAAGUUGAAGAGAAAUUUGAUACCAUUCUGGAAAAUGGUAGUAUUUUCUUAGAUUUGUUAUUUAUGAUGCUUAUUCACUGAGUUGCACGGUUGGUUAUUUAGCUCCCCUGAUAAUAAUAUUAAUAACAAUAAUUGUGCAAUUGUUCUUGA